UAAUCGAAACUAAUCCAAGUGAUGCUCACUAGUGAAAGUGAAAUUUUAAAAUAAUUUGUUUAUUUUGUUUAAAAUAUUUCUUUUAUCUACCUACAUAACAAUGUUGAGUGGUCGUGUUAAUACAUUCACAGAGGCUGCAAUAGCAGAUUCCGAACAAGACGCAAACGGUGCAUUAACAGAACUCGACAAAGGGCUACGUUCUGGCAAAGUUGGCGAACAAUGCGAAUCUAUUGUACGAUUUCCUCGCCUCUUUGAAAAAUACCCCUUUCCCAUUUUAAUAAACGCAUCUUUUCUUAAACUCGCCGAUGUUUUUCGUGUCGGCAACAACUUCCUGCGUUUAUGCGUGCUACGAGUAUGCCAACAAAGUGAAAAACACUUGGAUAAAGUCUAUAUGGUAGACGAAUUCGUACGCAGGGUUUACAGUGUAAUUCACAGUAACGACCCAAUUGCCAGAGCACUCACAUUAAGAAUACUGGGAGCUGUUGCUUGUUUAAUUCCCGAAAGACAACAAGUUCAUCACAGCAUACGAACAAGCUUAGAUUCACAUGAUAAUGUUGAAGUGGAAGCAGGAAUAUAUGCUGCUACACAAUUUGCUGCUCAAUCAAAAUCAUUUGCUAUCAGUAUGUGCAAUAAAAUAGCAGACAUGAUCCAGGGCCAAGCCACACCAGCAAACAUGAAACUGCAAUUAAUUCCUGUCUUACAACACAUGCAUCAUGACACAAGCACAGCUGCAAUGGUGCGUAAUUUAUGCACUGAACUAUUACCGAAAUAUCCAACCGAAGAUUUCGUCUUGGUUACUUUAAAUACGCUCACACAACUUGCAGCUGCUACUUUAGUUGAUAUCCCAUCACAGGUUCAACUAUUAAUCCGCUAUAUAUCAUCAGAUCCUCGUAAAAAAGUCAAAUCAAAAUGUUUAGAACAUUUGUAUGAAUUAGCUAAACCCGGCGCUCAUUUAUGGCCCUCUGAGGCGUUAAAUUCAACAUUAGACAUUGCAUUAGAGACCACAUCCCCGAAAUUAUUAAGCGCUGCAUUAAGCGUGGUGGAAGUGUUAUCAGAAUCACCACAAUGGUGCCAUGAACAUCAUCAUUGCCAGUCUAAGGUGCGAUUACUCUGCGUGAAGAACUGCCAUUCACCACAUCCUGCAAUAGCUGCUCAGGCUAUACAUAUUCUGACACAAAUAAUCUGUUAUUGUUACAAAGAGAAUAUAAAACGCGUUGGGACAGAUGAAGUGAUAUCAUCCUUGGAGACAAUAAUUUUACUCUUGACUAUUUCUGAUGAGAAACAUCCGUAUCAACUUAAAGUGGUCUUGAGGUGUGCUGUAAGAUUAGCAGAGAUUGAUAAACUUUACUGUGAGAGAUUCGUGGAGCUGUUGGAAUCACGUCUGGGGAGUGUAGAUCCUGAUUGUACCAUAUUAAUCUGUGAGGCAUUAGGAGCAAUCGCUGGGAUUCAACCUGAUGCACUCCUUCCGCAUCUUGGUGAUAUUCUUAAUCACAUUCAACAUGAACACGAGACAACAGUUUCCUCUACAAAUGAUAAAUCAACAAAUAUUGUUGUGCUACUCUGCACAUUAGUCUUCCAAACAUUAGGCGGUUACGAUUGGAAUGAAGAAACUCUCCAGAUCUUAAAAAAAGUCUCUGGGUCCAAUCAGCUUUGGGCUAACUAUCGAAUUGGUCGCGCUGCUGUGCGCUAUGGUCAUCAUGGCCUAGCCGAAUAUGUUUUCAGCAAUCUCACCGAGCAAGUCAGCUAUGAACACUGGCAUUUCUGGCUUGUAUGUCUCCAAGAGAUGAGCCAAGCAGAAGAUAUGCUCGUUACACCAAACCAUAAACCGAAAAACAUUGUCGACCGCUUGGAUUAUGCUUUAUUACAUUAUAAUAAAGCUAUUGCAGCGUUGAAAGCUGCCAGUACACCGUCGCAUAAUUUACAGUUUCAAGGGGAAUACAUGCACAUUCGCUGCGAGUUUCUACAAUGUCUUUUAUUACUAAUCCACACUUGUAAUAUUUUGUGCAUUGUUCCGCCACCAGCGAUUGCGUCAACUAUAGCGCAGUCAACCAGAGAUGAUCUGCAACGUCAUGGGUACAUUACAAAUCAAAUGCGGAAGUGUGUAAAGGAGUUUAAAGCAUGUGCAGAGUUGUAUUGUAAACUGUACCAGACAGCCUUUGAUGCCGAUUGUUCCACGUUGGAGAAUUUACAAAUCUUGCAACAAAUGUGUGUCAUGUUGGAGCAGUGCGUGGAGAGUGUUUGUGUGAGCAACGCAGCGACACGACAAAUCAUUCAAUUUGAUCUUAAAGAUGCGAAAUUGGAGUCACGGCAACUUUUAAACGCCUGUACGAGUGCUUCUAGACUAUGCCAGAGCAUAGCUGAUGAAAAUCUAGGUCUAACUAUUACACACAAGCAUGUGGAUUUGUUAAAAGCCAUUGUGGAAAUUUUCGUGAAUGCACCUCUGCCGAUUCCACGAUUCUUUUUCCAAGUUUUACAGUGCACAACGUUGAAACUUGCAAUUACUCCACAACCUCGUGUUCUUGGCGAGUGUAUAAGCGUACAACCCGGGUCACAACUGGCUGUUAAAGUCGAAGGAGUUAUCCAACACGGUAGUAAACCAGGUUUAUUCAGAAAAGUCGACGGUGUUAUCGUGACUGUAACAUCUCAAUUGCAACCAAACACAAAAAUCAAAGAGAUUAUCACGGAUUCCAAAAACAUUGAGACUUCAUGUGUGCUAACACAGACUGUGGCACCACAUAAAGACUUCUUUUCAGCUCAGUUUUUACUUGCAUUUCCUCGUGGCGGACUAUAUAUACUCGCAAUAGAUGCAUCUGUGGUAGAUGAAGAUGGAAACAAGUGGAAUACAGGACCAAAAUCAACUUUAACUGUGAAAGUACCCGAUGAGCCUAAACUACAGCCGAUUUCUAUGCCUGGAAUGGCCGGAAACGCUAAUGUGAUUUUAAUGACUGAGGACUCGUUGUUUGUCCGCAAGAAGUAAUUUAUAAGUAAUUGACUACAACAGGAUCGUUUGUAAUCGGGGUAUUAUCAUAUUCGUUAAUUUCAACCAUCUUUGUUGAUUUACAAUCGUCCUCAUGGGGGUUUGGCGUGGGUAUCAAUUCAAUAUUUCGAAUAUACACAUCCUGACUGAA